UCUCGAGCACUGCACACACACGCUCUCAAUCGAUUGCUGUCAGCAGGUCGAGUUUGUCUAGCAAUUACCACUGCAAAAACAACAAUUACUUCGCAGGGAGUUCCUCCCUAUGACGACUACAACGACCCUUGGGCCCUUGGCACCACUAAGCCAUUCAAUCAGGAACAGGCUCGGUCAAGAGUGGAGUUUACCAACAUCAAAUGCACUUCCUUGGAUCCGGAGUUUGCACACGUGGAGCAUUGCUAUCUAAAGUCGGUAAAUCGUACAUAUAAAUAUCUGUCCAUCAGAUAUUUGAAUUUGUUACAAAAGCCCGUGUCCAGAAUUAAAGUCAACGGAGCCACAUUCAAGCGGUACAAUGGCUAUAAGCCGUCACUUUAUAACUUCACGGUUGAUGGCUGCAAAUUUAUUAAAAACCCUAAAUCAAAUCCAGUUGCGCAUUACAUUUACCGACUCUUUAAAGAUUUCUCCAAUGUGAAUCAUACCUGUCCCUUUAAUGACGAUCCUAUUGUAGAAAAGCUGCCAAUUAGUUACAUUAACAAGCAAGUAACUUCCGUACUCCCAGUUCCCUCUGGAGACUAUUUGUUUUCAUCACAUUGGUAUUUCUACGAUAUCAAGCGUAUCACUAUAAAUGUAUAUUUGACAAUAUUUUGAAUAUAAACGUGGUAAUGUGAAUUGAUAAGUGGCUUAAGCUACACUAUUUUUAUUAACCGCCAACUAUUUAAAUAAAAUGCCAGAAAGUGCUGAAUGAUACAAAACGGAUACUGCUUUAAAACGUACAAAGUGUCCUCGUUCUUCAAUACUCGCAAAAGCUUAUUGCUGAAAAACUCACCAGAAAAGCCUUAUAUCUAUUUUUAUUAUCUAAACCAUUUUUGUAAAUUACGGGUCAUCAAGCUGCAUGCCGUGAAAUUGUAUCUGCUUAGCAAAUUGAAAUCUAUUCGAACAAUUAAAGCUAAAUUAAAUUGUAUAUUUAAGGGAAUAAGGUUGGUUUAAAGCGAACAUUUUUAAGUGAGCACUUGAAAUAAUUGGGCAGGGUGGAGAUUACACAGAGUCAUUAAGGAGUCAAUAGCUAGCGGCCUCAUAAUUUGUUAUUACAGAAAUAACUGAUUGACAACGAAACUUUGAAUCGUUUAGGUCGAAAUGGAUCGUACUUCUUUUUAUCCUAUUCUUAGUGCAGGA